AUGGCGAAUCAUGACGGCGCGGGACUUGAUGAGGAUGUGCCUGACGCGCCUGCCAUUUCUGGGCAGACAUUGGGGCUUUUUGCUCAUGAAGAUGUCGGGCCUGAUGAUUGGGGGAUAGAUGAAGGCUCGAACCAGGUCGCUCCCGACAUUUCGAAAGAGUUUAUGAAUGACGCGGAAUCACAAGCAGCCCAGCCCUCAACCAGUCAGACUUCGGCGCCAGCCAAAUCUACACAUACGAAUAUCGCAACCUCGCCUGGGGAACCACAACUCGAUCUCUCAGUCUUGCAACGCGUGGCUUUGAACGAAGUACUCGCUGUGUUGGAUGAGUUCACCAAAGCUUCAUCACUUCAAGACUGGAGCAUCGGCAGCCGUGACGAUGCAGGAAAUGACAAGAAUCCUAAUGAGUCAAAGACACUACCAUAUAAAAUUAUUUUGAAUUUCCAGGCUGCUAUGUUACUUGAUAGACAAGAAGAGCUUCCGGACGAGAUACAGGAACAUAUUGAACCUAUCAAGAGGCGAAAGUUCUUUGACGUGUUAUCGAAGGUCGAUAAGAUCACUUUCCGCACCCCGCCAUCAUUGCAUAUGCUCCGAGCACAAUGUAUGGGUGUAGUAAUACUGCAAUCCUUUGGGAAUGUGCCAGAGGCAUGGAGUAUGAUGAUCGCUGCGUCACGCACAUUCGUCGCUCUGGGCUGCGACACUUUUCAGAAAGAUAGCCUCUCCAGCACGAACAACAAAACAUGGGCUGACCCAGACGAAGAUCGAGAAGCAUGCAUUGCUUGGUGUUAUCAGCUCGAUCGAUCAAUGAGCUUGCUUCUGCGUCGUCCCCCAUUAUUACCGAAAUCAUCUACACCACCGAGACUUGCAUUUAGUCCAUUAGAUGAUAAAAUCUCAUGGAAACUCCACUUUAUCCAUUUGAGUCUGGACCUUACGCAUAUCCAGGGGUUGAUAUCAUUUGUUACGAGGGACGCAGGGUUGAAACCGCAGUGGAAGGAUCUCGAACCCCUGCAUAACGAGUUGAAAGACCUAUGGGAGCGUCUUGACACUUGGGAAAGUGAAAGUCCAGGCUCUGUGUGGGACUUAUUUCUGUCAACCGACAUAGCCAAGAGCCGUCUAUUACAAAAAGCAGCUGUAGAUUGUGCUCGAAAGUGUUUUGAGUCUUUCCUGGAUUUGACUCGAGAUGGUCAUAAAAUUGAGAUGAUCGAUUUGAGCUGGGAUCUCCUUCUCUACUCUCUUUCCCCAUUAUGCGUCCUCGCCUACAAUAUCGUGCGUACUCGCGGCGCAGGAGAUCUCAAGCUUCUGGAGGACUUUGCCGGAUUCAUUUUUACGCGAAUCAUCAAAAAGUCACCAGACAACAACCCGCUCGCUACUCCCAUUUGCAAUCUAUAUAGAUCGAUAACAAAUAUAUGCCGUCCGCUUAUUUCUGCCGCCCCCUCUACUACGGCAGGACAAUCCUCAUACCUUACGAACCACACUCCACAUAGGAAGAACUUUAUGAAUUUUGAGCAUUUCUUUGGCGGUGAUGCAUCAGCUACGGGCUCGUCGUCGAGUAAUCCCACCGGUACAUCCAGCGCGACAACUCCGAACCAGAGUCAGAAUCGAAAUAGGAACUCGACAAAUGCCGCUGCCGAGGGAAAUGGUGCUCGGAUUGAUGACGGCAUUGAAUACGCGAGUGUGACAGAAGAGCAAUUUAUGAAGUUGCUUAUGUGUCGGGUCUCUAUAGGGUGGAGUGAUUGA